AUGGAGACUCCCAAGUCUGAGAAGAGCCUUCACGAUGUUUCUGAAACCUCAGAAAUGACACAGGUGGCUCCACAAGAACCAGAAGCUCUUUCAGAACUUUCGGAAGAAAAAUUAAAACCCAAUUUUCGUUCCACUCCAUCUCCCAUGGACAUUACUCCGGUUCAAUCUCGAGGACGGGAAUCUGAAGAAGUGCUUUUUUCCGACUCAGAUGUGGGCUCCCUGCACCUGUUAGACUUGAAACACAUCAAAAGUUACAAUUCUGAGCCCAGUUCGCCAGGAACGCCGAUAACGUUCGAGAUUCCAUCACGAUCAAGUUCGCCCAGGGCACGGCGUAGCUCAAGUAAGGACGGAUUUUCAGAUACAAGGUCACCGGAAACACCAAGAACACCCCGAAACAAAGACGGAGAAACACCCAAACCGAAAAAGAGACAUCGACGGAAAUCCACUCGGUCAGAAAUCAGCGACAAAUCAGCCCGAUCCAAGACCGAGUAUGUUAGUAGUGGGUAUACUCUGACGCCAGCCACCGGUAAAAUCUUCCGCAAUCUUUUACUUCUUGAAGAGAAUCUCAGACAACAGGUGAUUCAGCAACGAGCAAUGCGACGGAAAUACCUUACAUUUUUGGCCAUUCUCUGCUCCCUAAGUGCCUCCAUAGCUCACCAGCUCUACUUUGUGGAAAAGACACCGACGGGAACCAAGCGGGUGAUUCUUCAGUUCAGUCUUCUUGCAUUACUAGUAACAUUAAUGUUGUACCAUCUCUCCGGAGAGUACCAAAAAACCAUCGUACUUCCUCGUCGAUUCUUGUCUUCGACCAACAAGGGACUCCGGCAGUUCAACAUACGGCUAGUGAAGAUUAAGAUCCCACUUUCUGAUUCAAUAAUUGAUCUUGUACGAGAAAUGUCACUUUUCGUGGUGAACUUGUUACUAAUUUCGUUCCACAGGCUUAACCCAGCGAUGAUUCAAAACCGAGAUUCCAAGUUGGAGGUGUUUUUGGUGUCGUGCCAGCUGCAAUGUCAGCCUCGAAUAGGCAUCACUGAUGUCAAACUUGUUCUCAAUGCCAGAAUGUUCAACACCGAUAUUCGCGAAGGAUGGGAAUUGUACCGCAGCGAGUUCUGGAUCCACGAAGGUGUGCGCCGAAGAACCAGCAUGAUGGCAUUUGCGGAUGAAAAGAAGAAGAAGGCGGGAACAGAGUCGAGAGCUGACAAGAAAGAGUAA